AACCACCGAGCCCUCGUCUUCCGUUCCGCCCCUCGGGGAAAACAAAACGCAGCGGCGGCGGUUGACGGUGACGGUGGGUGAUCGGGUCCCCCGAGAGGCCGCGCUCGGGCUCGGGAUUAACAUCGGGGGAAGUCCACGCGCUGGCGGCUCCCUCGCUCUCACUCACCGGGCAGAGAGUGAGAGUGGAGUCGGGGCCGCCGUGCUGUUCCUAUGGAGGCCGAGGUGCAGGAAAAGCAAAUAUAACUUCGUAAAACGGUAGGACAGUGGAUCUCAAAGCAUGGUGUGCAAGGUUCCUCCGCAUGGCCCUCCAGGUUUGCAAAGUCACAGCCAUGGGCCAGACAACAGAACAGGCCAGGACCCUCCUCAUCGCCGCCACUUGUGUGAUGCCACGCAACCAGACUGGCUUCCGAGUGCGCAGCACAAGUCAUCAUAAGCGCGAGCAACAGCGAAGUAGUUUUGUAAACGUGAUUUAUAUUACUGUCACAACAUACAACUGCAAGAUUGGAUUUUCAACACUUGUGCGGCUAUCAACAAAGAGGAAUCAGCUGAACUUUGGGCCCUGACAUGAGACUGAAGCUCUCCAGCUUGGAACCAGACAUCACCUGAUUGGUAUCUCCUCAAAAGCAGCACCAUUCUUCACAUGAAUGUUGAUGAGCAUUUUUAUGGUGGCAAGUGAAAGUGGAGAAAUGUCUGAUCGUCGCUUAACAUCUCCUUAUGCAACUGCUGAGGACACUAACUGUUGAUGAAUAAGAGUCCAACAAGAUGGAAGACUGUCUUCACACGUCUUCAGAAAACCUGUCCAAACUGGUCAGCUGGGCUCACAGUCAUGGAACCAUAUGCACCCUCAUUCCAAAUCUGAAGCACUUAUUGACUGAAGGGGCCCAUGGAAACCUCACCGCAAUGUGGGGUUGUGGCGCUGGCCAUGCCUACCACUGGCCUCUGGCUGUUACUUGCAGGGCAGGCUCCCAAGACAGGGUGUGCUUUCAGGACAGUAGAAGCUUUAAUUCUGAUAGCCCCAGCAUUAUUGCAAUGUCAACAGAGACCCAGCAAAGCCCAGCGGAGAAAUACCUUAAUAGAACCUCAAAAGGAAAGGCUGAGUGUCUCAGGAAUAGGGAUUCCUGUGACUUUUCAUACAGUGAACAUUCCGAGGUUGAUGAGAAUGUGGAAGAGUAUGAUGAUGAAGGUGAUUUGUUUCGUAUGGCAUGCGAGUCUUCAGUAACUGAUGAAGACAGUGACUAUGAUUCUCGGCUACAAAAUAACUCGCUGAAAAGGCGGGAAGCAGGUCCUUCGCUUUUACCAGAUUCACCAAACCACCUUGCUAAUGAGAACAGUAAUGAAGUUAUUGUUAAGAAGAUCAAGCAGGAAGGUCCUGAAGACUACUACAUUGUGACAAAUGCAGAAAUCACUGUAGACAAUGAUAGUUCACCUGGUGCAUUGAAGUCUGGUUCAAAGUCUGGUCCUGCUUCCUACUUGGGACCUACCAAAUCUUCAGCCCUCCUUCCUGCUAGUCACAUGCCGGAAAAGACCGACUCACAGGGUAUUUCUGUCAUUCCACCAGCCUCCUCUCGGGCAGUGGGCACAAAGUCUGGACGGAGUUGCACCACUUCACAGAAGAAGCCAAACGGAGGUCAAGGAACUGGGCAGAAAUUAGUUCUUCAGAUGCCAGUCAGCACAUCAGGAGGAAACCAGCAGAUCAAUAUUCCACUGUCGGCCCUCCAGCUUCCCGGCCAAGAGGAGCAGAACGCUUCCGAAGACACAGGGGCACAGAUGGUAAAGACUGGGGCUUCCAGCGAGGUCUCUUUGUCCCCGUCCAUCAGUGCCGAACCUGAAGUCAGCUCCAGUCAGCAACAGUCGAGUGUGCCCCAAUCUCUGGCCAAAGAUGCCAGUGCACAAUCAUCAGCAACAGAAAAUGAAGAAAGAGGCUGCGAGGGUCAACAGAAUGAGAAAACUGUGCGAAGCACCUUGACUGCACUAAGAAACUUCAGAGAGUUCCUCCUUUCCAAAUACCCACACGAAAACCGGGAAAUCCAAAUCAUACCAUGCACGGAACUUGAUGCCUAUCUAGCUUCGUUCUUUGUGGACGCCAGGCAGAAAGAUGGCUCAGAGUACGAGCCCAACAGUUUGGCCAACUAUCAGUGUGGACUUGAAAGGUACUUAAAGGAAUACAAAUAUGGGUUCAGUAUAACGAGGGAUAAGGAAUUCAGGCGCUCCCAAGAAGCACUGAAACAAAAGCAGCUUGAGCUGAGAGGCAAAGGGAAAGGGAACAAGCCUCACAAAUCAAUGAAACUCACCUUUGCUGAUGAGCUCAUCCUGCGUAAACGAGGCUUGCUGAGCCGGUACAACCCUGAGGGGCUGCUUAAUCUCGUGUGGCUAAACAACACUAAAGCGUUUGGGCACUGUGCUGGGUUCCACAGUUCCACACUAAAAUGGGGGGAUAUCAGGUUACACGUAACCGAGACAGGCUUGGAGUACCUGGAGUGGGAAAUCAUAGACAGCUCCGAUGCACAAGGGAAGAGCCGGAGAGCGGGAACUGAGUGCAGAAUUUACGCCACGCCACAUUCUCCGCAGACAUGCCCAGUGCAGGACUACAAGGAGUAUGCUCAAAGACGCCCUCCAGCUAUGCGUUAUGAAGAUGCCCCUUUUUACCUAUCCAUCAAGCCAGUCUGCAACCUGGCCGCACUUUACUGGUACAAUAGCCAAUCCCUCGGCAAGAAUAAGCUCUCAAAAAUGGUUAAAACCAUGUGUGAAAAGGGGAAUAUUCCUGGGAGGAAGACCAACUUUAGUGUUUACCAGAGUUGCAGUUCUCUGUCUGAAGCACAAAGUAACCAGUUGGUGCUAAUAUGUAACAAUCUGAGCCAGCAGGCUGCCCAGUCAAUGUCAGGUCUCAACAAUACAGGGAACUUCAUCAUCUCUGGUUCUUUUGACUCUUCCUCAGAUACAGCCUGACAGAAAUGUGCUUUGGGUUUAUUUUUUAAUUAUUCUCCAUGUUCUAUCACUCUUUUAUACAGUCAGUCUAAUUACUUCUAAGCCACUGAUAGUUGAAGUUUUUAAUAGUAGCGUGUUAAAGGAUUAUUGGCCUGAAUUAUGUCUCGAGCCCAGGCACAUUAAAACUCCAGUGAGCCAAUGUAUAAGUUAAUGAUGAUUCUGUGACACACACUCUUUGAAAUCUGAAUACGCUUUUUUUUUAGUCUAGGAAGGUCUCAUUUUUUUCAAGCAAAUCUAGAUAUCAUGAAUCAAAAUGUCAUUGUUGAAACUCCAGAAGUCUGGAAGUUGUUUAGAAAAGAAAUCCCUGAUUUUAUUUCUAAAUCUCUCCUUGUGUUUCAAGAACUACCUUUUUUCUGUACAGCUUUUCAAAAUGUGCACAAUCUUUAUCAUUAAAUUUCUGUAGCAAAAGGACUCUCAAAAGUUUAAGUGUUAAGCAUUCAUGUAGAAUCAGAGAAAUUGCAGCCUUUUUCUCAUAUAAAUUUCUAAGCAGGUGAGAUGGGUAUGGUAUUUUGGACAAACCUGCCGUGGAUCUAAAGUGCGGAAGCCUCUUUUCACAGCUGCAGUAUUAACUCUUCCAUCCAGUAUUAAUUGUGUGCUGUUUUCAGCCAUUUCUCGUCUCUCAGUAUCAUUGUUUUUUGCACCAUUCCUGCUGCCAUAUACCCACCGCUUUACAUCCUUCACUGCAGAUAAUGGCAUUAACGUUCUUGCUGCCCUCAGUCUUUCAUCUGCGUGUGUAUUCAGUGUGUUUAAGCAGCUUGCUUUCUUUGCCAAGCCAAAGUUUUUUUUUCCCCAAUGGAGGGUGAUUAGCUGGCUGUUAGAUCUUCCUAGGAACUGUGCUUCUAAAUUUCCUAACAGUUAGAAAAAACAUUAGUGAGAAAAAUAUCAGAUUUAGGAUUUAUUUUUAAAAUAGUUAUGAUUUGUAACUAUAGUUAAUGUAUUUGGAGUUUGAGGACCUGCUGUCAGGGGCCUGUAUGAUUUAUAUUGAGCUUGCUGAGCAAACCAGUGAUCUGUAGGCCUAAUUACUUUGAAUGGAAAACACUGAUCAAGGUGUGCUAUCAGGCAAAAUAGUUAACCUGGAUAAACCCAGAAUUGUAUCAGGCUGGUAUCUCAUCAUUCUGGUCAUAAGAUAGUUGUACAGUACUUCAUGACUAAAACCUUUAACCUUACAUCCAUCUUCUGUUUACUGAGCAUGUCAUCUUGAUACUGAGGAAUAGAUUCAGUGUCUUGGUUAAUUCGUUGUGUUGCAAAUGCACAGUUUCUUGUCUGUUCAUGUUGCAUCUCAUUGGACUGUGUGUGUACCUUAACGUUGCUUGUGAAAUUCUACUAGCAAUUUGAUUUUGUAUUUUAAAAGUUACAAUUAUUGGUGUUACAGAUUUUAUACGUCAUCUUAUUUAUUUUAGUUCUUUUUGGAUGACAGUUUGUAAUUAGAAUAUUUGUAUAUGGCUGCUCGUACAUUAAUACUGAUAGUUGUUGGAACCCCAUUUUUUGCAAAGUGCAUAAGCUAAGUCUGGUGUGAAAUUCAAUAAUGGAUGCUGGGUUCACACCAAGGAAGGAUUGCAGCUCUGUAUAGCCCUUUUGUCUUAACGGUCUAGUUCCACAAAACUCAAAUGAAGUGGAUUUCUGUGCAGGACACUGUGUUACUUCCUGUAGCACUUUCUGGAGCCACGAGUGAGUGUCUGUGUGUGUGUAUGUGUGUGUGUGCAAGCGUGAGUGUGUGUGUAAAUGUAAAUAAAUUGGGCCCAAUUUGCCAGCUUGUUCCCAGUUAAAAUAAUGAACAGUUCUAAAACUGGUAGAAGGAAAGAUUUAUAUCAAAAUAAUGUGCCUACAAGUGCAUGCGCCUCUAAAUGAAAUGGUUAAAAAUUUUACUUUUUAAAAAAAGUAAAAUUUGAGUUUGAUAAACUGAACUAUUUGGUUAGUAUUCAAACAGAGUUUAUUGCUUUAACAAUAUGCAAAGAUAUAUUAACAAGGAGACUGUUAGGUACUACUUUUUUAAUCAAAAGCUAAUAUAUAGAAAUUAGUGUGUUUGGCUAAUUUAACCCAUUGGGCAUCUGUACACUGAGAUUUCAAUAAAAUCAUGAGUAUUAUGAAUGUGGGCAAAAUUGUAAUGCAUUUCCUUCUUGCUGAUUGUGCAGUAGAUUUGCUCAGGCAUGUUCUACAGAUGUCAAAGGUUUUUUCAGUGCUCAAAGGGUUAAAAUAACCUCUUGUUUUGGUUUGAGUCUUGAGGCCGAUCUGAUGGGAGUUCUGUAUGGCUCUAGAUUUCAACUUAGGUAGGAAAUUCUUUAGAAUACUGUGAAACGUUAAAAUCACUGCCUGAAGUGUAGUAGUUGACAAUUAUUAUUCCAUGUAGUUUUGUGUUUUUUGUCUAAAUUUUAUUAAAAUACAGUGUUUAGGUACUGCUUUUUCUAACUGGCCUUCAUAAACUCUGUUCUUUUGUCUUUUAAUCUUUCAAUGAGUGUUACAAUGUUGAACUAUUUCUGUUUUGGUUUACUUCCUAGCCCAGUGUACAGUUUCAGACUGUGGUACUUGCUUUCCCCUGCAGACAGCCCAAAGCAGUACUAGUGGGGAACAAAAAGAACUUUUUUGUACAUAUGAACUUUGCUUUGAAUAAAAGGGCAAACUGUGAAGUAAAAAACAAUAGUUGCCCAACUUUGUUCACACCUAAAAUAAAAACUUUUAUGCCAGACGAUUAAGGUUCCCUGGGUUUCAGGACCCUGCAGCCAAGUAUGCUUUUGGAGGGAAUGGGGGUAAUCAGGACAGGGCCUUCAAGUAUUCCGCAGUGGCUUUGAUUCCUGAUGAUUCAAGCUAAAGCGAGUGGGUCACAAAGUUGAUCCAGUUAGCAACCAAAGCAUACUCUGAAUAUCCAGGUUCAUUCCUGAUUGAUGCUGUUACCCAAUCCUAGAAUGAUAGUGGAAGUUAGGAGCAGGAGGAGGCCAUUCAGCCCCUGAAACCUGUUCUGCCCUCCAUCAGAUCAUGGCUGAUCAGUAUCUUAAUUCCAUCUACCCACGUUGGUUCCAUACUCCUCAAUAACCCUUGCCUAAUAUCUAUUUCAGUUUCAGAAUUUUUAAUUUAGUGGCGCUAUAGAUGACCGAUAGCGCUUCUUUGUUAAGGGGCAGGUUGGGGGGGUGCGGGUUGAUGGAUUUGGUCAGCGUUUCCAUUCCUGAUUGUUAGCUAGCCCAAUCCCUAUUGGCAACAUUCAUGUGUGGAUAGUCAAGUGAGGGAGACUUCUGGCUCAGCUCUGGUUCCCUCUGAGAAUUCGACACUCGUCACAACUCAGAAGCGAAUAAUAGUCACUUUGGAGGUUAAUUUCAGCCUAGGGCCAUCAAAAUAGUAACAACUUCAGGAGGGGAAAGAAGGAAAUUGGCAAGAAAAAUGAUCAAACUAUUUUAAGCACUGGGAAAGAUUUUUGGUUAAUUGACCAAAUUACUGUUGGCCGCUGCAUGAUAUAAUAUUUCUUUUUCUUAUCUGAGGAAGAACUUUUUUUUUGAGUGAGCGGUAAUGACCCAGAACUUGCUACCUAUUGAGGAUGGUAGAAGCAGAAACGAUUAAUGAUUUCAAAAAGAAAUUGGAUGGGCACUAAAUAAACUUGCAGGACUAUGGGGAUACAGCCAGGAAAUGGUUUCUGCUUUAUUUCAGCUUUAAUUGUGUCGGAUCACAGACUAACAUCCAACAUUUCUAUGGAUAGCACUAGCUAAAUCAGGCAUGAUCUGCUGUGGUGGUAGUCCUGGUAGUGAAAGCUUUUAAAUGUAAAUAAUGGGACUGAUUGGAUUGUUCUACAGAGAACUAGCAUAGACUCAGUGGACUAAAUGGCCUCUUCCAUUGCCGUAAUGACUUUGACUUUACGGGGUGUAUUUUUCAACGCUUCAGAAAGUUGACAUAUUUUGCAACUGUCUCCUAAUGAUGCACUGCAAGAACAGCGGUUUAUAUUUUCUUAACACCUUGAAGCUAGUAAAAUGUUCCAAGGAGCUUCACAGAAGCAAUUAUCAAAUAAGAUUUGACAUCGAGCCACGUAAGGAGAUAUUGGGACAGGUGACCAAAAACUUGGUCAAAGCAAUAGGCCUUAAGGAGAAGGGAGAGGUGGAGAGGUUUAGGAAGGGAGCUGGGUAAUAAUUCCCCCCACCUCCUUUCACAGUCUACCCUUAGUCGCAGCUAACUAGAUUUGAAACCAGGAAACCUUUGUUUCGUUGAUGAAUUAAAACCCAGAAGUCCACUACGAUAUAAAAGGUGGAGCACCAUCUUUUUGUUUUGGCCACUAGGCUGCCUUUGUACCUGUAACAUUCAUAUUGAAAUGAAUUUUUUUUUUGGCAUCCUCAGCUGGGAAGGGGUGAAAGUUGACCAACCAUAAUCCGAUUCUGCUCUUUUUUAUGAUCUUUUGUGUCUCUGUUUAGCCAAGUUAAAUUAUACUGUGAUUAAGAUCAUGCUAUUCACUACUCUACUACUAAUUCGAUUGUUAGAUAAUACACCAAAUGCAAAAUGUGUACACUCUGCACUCUGAGCAUUCAUUUAACAAGGUGCACCUUAUAAAAUCAUCAAUUUACACCUUACGAUUAGAAUAAGGGGAACUCUAGUUUUUAUUUGCAAAGCAUAUGUACUUUGGCUUUGAAUUACACCCUGACAUCUGUGAUUUUUCUUAUUUCAAAAAAAACUAAUGAUUAAUUUUGCUGAAAAGAGAGACAUAUUGUUAAAGCUUUUCAUCUUGCACUCAUCAGGACAAACACAAGAAUGCCAAAUUUCAAACGAUCACAACAAUUUAUACUCAAUGGCAGUCCCUCAGUCAAUCAGAGUCAACUUGCAACCACUCAGCACCCUUUUUUCCUGUGGUAUAAAUUGUUAUCAUUAUUUGAAAUUUGGCAUUCUUGCGUUUGCCCUGAUGAGUGCAAGACAAAAAGCUUCAGCAGCAUGUGUCUCUAUUCAGCAAUAUUUAAAUUAUUAAUUUGUUUUUUGUCUAAACAUUUACAUUCUAAACUGUAUUCUGUCAAAAUGAAAUGUUGCUGUCAUGCCAAAAAACAUGCAAAUCUCUAUGCAUUUUGUAAUCAAGUCGUAUUGUUGCAGUGCAAGCUAAGCAUGUUUUGUAGGCGCUCUUGUUGACUUAAGUUGUCCGUUUUUUGGGAAAAUGUUAACAUUUGCUGCUAAUAAUCAGUUACUGAUUUUGAAGAGCCUUUGUGUAUACUUAGGCUUCACCAAUCAAUUCUUUCAUUUGCUGUUUGACUUAUUGGUAUGUGUGAUAAACCAAAAGAAAAGUGCACACGGUUUUGAGUUGCUGGCUUCCUUCUAUUUCUGGUUAAGACCAUAAUGUUGUCUGCUGGGGUUGGUGGGUGGGGAAGAGGCAGCAGAAGGGGAUGGAAAGGAUGAUGUACUUCAGCAAUAUCUGGAUUCUGAGUCUCUCUGUCUCUGCCCCACCCACCCUUCCCGCCUGCUAAACUUUUUCGACUUAAUAAGUUGAAGUUUCAAGAUGGAGUAUAUCCCUCCUAAUUGUUACGCCAGCCUUAAUCAAGUUUGAUUUUAACAACUUUUGGGUGUGCACUGUCAUUUCUUGAAAAUGAUGUGUUGAAUUAUCCACGUUCUUCAGUAUUAUGCAUUCAGAGGCUGGUAGGGUGGGAAAAAGUGUUAGGGGAGGGCUAGGGGUGUCAUUUGCACAUUUGGUCUUGUAUCACACUCAUAUCUGCACACUAUGACCGAAUUGAUUGGUACACAAAAGUCUUUGAUGUUUAUUGCAAGCAUAUGUAGAGCUCUAAAGAAAAUGAGAGAAAAAGGCAAAAAAAAACACUUAAAAUUAAUCUGUUUUUAAAGUUGUUAAUAAUUGUCUCUUUGCUGCAUGCUAUUUCAGAGUUUCCUCUGUGUAUGUAGAAACUGAACUCGUUGCCAGAUAAUAAAUGAAUAAACCAUGCUCUGUUCUCCACUUGGCUAGUUUUUAGUUUCUUUUAAUGUUGUGCCUUUGGGCUAGAAAUCGUGCAGCUGAGGAUUACAAAGGCACCUCGUGUCCCUGUGUCAUGUCAUCCGAAAUAUGUCAUUGAAGGUAACAGAUUAUACAUUUUGAUUGUGGCUUGUUUGAAGG